AUUUUGUUGAUAUCCACGGCAUCCUACAAUCAUCUCAACAGCAUAUACCGACUUCGACUAUGACCAUCGAUAACUGGAAGCUCGCCGUAGAGCGCAAACUCCAACGCCGUAACGCGUUGUUCCCCAAGGAUUAUAUCAUCCCAGCUCAUCAACUCCCCGAUCGCUUCACUACCGAUGUCACAGAAAUCCCCAAGUUGCACCUUUCCGCCCUGGAAACAGAGAUCACUGAGCUUGAUGACUGCGACAGGCUGCUCAGUAAUAUCGCCAGGGGUGUCUGGACGGCCAAGCAGGUGAUGGUAGCGUUUUGCAAGAGAGCUACUAUGGCGCAUCAGCUGGUCAACUGCCUUAAUGAGGUCUUUUUUGAGUCGGCACUAGCGCGGGCCGACGAGCUCGACAAUAUACUGGCUACAACUGGCCGAACAGUUGGUCCCCUCCAUGGCCUGCCCAUCUCCAUGAAAGAUCAGUUCUGCUUGAAGGGCCAUGAAACGGCGUGCGGCUAUGUUCACUGGCUCGACCAGCGCAACGAGGAAGACAGCGUGCUCGUUCAAAUACUGUACCAACAAGGCGCGAUUCCUUUCGUAUCGACCAAUUUGCCGCAGAGCAUGCACCGAGUGGAGACCGAGAACAACAUCUAUGGUCGAACAGAUAACCCGUUCAACCGGGCAUUAACAUGCGGCGGAAGUUCCGGAGGAGAAGGCGCUCUUGUUGGUAUACGUGGAUCAUGCGUCGGCGUGGGGACGGAUCUUGGAGGCUCGAUCCGAGUACCAGCUGGUUUCCAAGGUCUAUACGGCUUGAGACCAUCAUUCCACCGCAUCCCUUAUUACGGCGCGAAGAACUCUCUUCUCGGCUUCGAAACUCUACCUUCCGUUGCUGGGCCAAUCAGCACUAGCUUCUCCGGCCUCGUCAACUUCACUAAAGCUGUAGUAGACGCAACCCCUAGUCUGCUCGAUCCAGAGGUCCUAGAUAUGCCGUGGAAGGAGUUGAAAUUCGCCAGUGCGAGUACCGGUCCAAAGGCGUUUGCUGUCAUGUGGAAUGAUGGGGUUGUCAAGCCUAAUCCACCCAUCCGGCGCGCUUUGGAGGAGACAGUGCGGAAACUUCGAGCUGCCGGGCAUGAAGUGAUCGACUGGGUACCGUGCGACUAUACAUACGCAGGCCAGAUCGCGUAUUCCCUUGUCACGAGUGACGGAGGACACGAUGUCCGCACCGCGUUGGAGUUGUCGGGCGAGCCAAAGCUGCCGAGCCUACACAAGGCAUCGGAGAUGAUAUCGACGUACGAGGAAUGGCAGGUGAACAAGCGCAAGUUGGCAUACCGAAAGCGACACCUUGAUCACUGGAACGCUACUUCAGCUCGCACGAGCACUGGUCGACCGAUAGACGCCAUCAUCUCUCCUAUUGCUCCUUACGCAGCACCUCCACAUGGAGAGAACACAUAUGUUGGCUACACCGCUAUAUGGAACUUCCUCGACAACGUCGCAGCCGUUUUCCCAGUGACCAAGGUCGACCCAGUCCGCGAUGCGGUGCCGAUAUCGACCGGCGAACCUCUCAGUGAACUCGACGCGAUACACGCAGCCAGCUACAGUCCCCAACGAUAUGAGAAUGCGCCUGUCUCCCUGCAGAUUAUCGGGCGUCGGCAACACGAAGAAGAGGUUCUCGGUCUGCUGAAACAGGUGAUGACAGCAAUCAAAUGUACAUAGGGUAUUUAUAGCGCUUCAAAUCAAUCUUCAUAUCAUGCAUUGUAGAUGAGUACUUGCAUCGUAUCCAAACGGGUCUCGGAGACACAGCACUUCUGGUGGAUUGCUAAGGUCGCUGAUGACGGCAAGGUCAAGCGAUGAGCUUCAG